AGCCCGUUGAGAUGUAAGUCUGCCUCUGUUCUGUGCUCUGGCUAAUUGAUCUCUCUCUUCUGUAUGCCAGCACACAUUCUCUUGGUUACUGGAGAUUUACAGUGGGUCUCAAAAUAAGGCAGUUAAAUCUUUUAACAGUGUUCUUUUUAAAGAUUAUGUAGGCUCUCAUAGAUUCUCUUUGUAUGUUAGUUGUAGAAUCAGCUUGUCUGUUUCUCAGCAGGCCUACUGGGCUUGUUCUAGGAAUUCCUUGGAAUUGGCAGUUCAGUUCAGGAAGAAGGGUCAUCUUAACAACGUCGAGUGUUCUGUUCCAUGAACAUAGUUUGCCUUGCUUUGCUUCAUUUUUGAUUUGUCUCAGCAAUGUUUUACAGUUUUCAAUAUAGAAGUCUUGGAAAAUUUUUAUUAAAUUUGUCACUAACGGGGUGCCUAGGUGGCUUAGUCACUUAAUAUCUGACUCUUGGUUUCAGCUCAGGUUGUGAUCUCAGGGUUGUGAGAUCGAGCCCCAGGUUGGGCUCUGCGCUGGGCUAGAGCUUUCUUGAGAUUCUCUCUUUCCCUCUGCCUCUGCCCUGCCCCUGAAUGCACUAUCUCUAAAAUAAAUAAGUAAAUCUUUUAAAAAAUUAUCCUUAGGUAUUUAUGUGUUACUGUUAUUUUAAAUGGCAUUUAAAAAUUUUAACAAUUCUUUGGAGCUGGUAUAUGCAUACAUAGUUCAGUUUUGCCCAUCGACCUCAUGUCUUGUGACCUUGCUCAAUUCAUGUAAAUUCUAGAAGCUUUUAUAUAAAUUCUUAGGGGAUGGCCUGUGUAUCAUAUUGUGUGUCUGUGAAUGGAGACAUUUCGCUUCUUCUUUUUUAGUCUUUAUACUGUUUAGUUAUUUUUCUUGCCACUUGCUGCUGGCCGGGGCCUGUCGUAGGGUGUUGAAGGGAAAUGGUGGUGGCCUGUGUCCUUGCCUGUCCCCACCCUUCUGGGAGUGCUCAGUCCUGCACCUGUAGGACCUGUACCUUCCUGUACUGUCAGGUCUCCUGACAUGCACCAUGUGUGCUGCUGAGCAGAGAGUUUACUGCGAGGACAUGCUCAUGAGAAGGGAAGGGAGGGAAAAUUCGGAUGUAUUAGAGGGACCCUUGGGCAGGUUGAUGCUUGGAGGUGGGCAUUGCCCAGCUGGCUCUGGUGACUGUGAGUGUGAAGGGGUCUUGUGGGGAGGGGCUCCAGAGUAUGAGGUGGGAGUGUGUGUGUGUGUGUGUGUGUGUGUGUGUGUGUGUUUUGGGGGGAACUGGUGGGACAUGAUGAUGAAGGAAACUGCUAAUUGGACUCAGCAGCUGCUUCCUGCUCUGGUGAGGGAGUUUGGCUCAAGGACACAGGGACACGGGAUGUGAGACGCCCAUAGGACAGCACAGGGUGUCCCUCCCUCCUACUGGAGACCUCCCGUCCCCACAAAGUGGAGUUGGCAGGGAGGCCACAGGCAGAGCAGGACAGUGGGCAUGUGGUCACAGCCCCACCUCACUCCACCUCUUGCUUCCUCAGAGUUUUUAUCCUGCCUGGGGCUUGGGUUUUGUCUUGGACGUUUUCUGUAUCUGUUGAGAUAAUCACUUUUUACCCUUUAUCCUGUUAGGUAAGGUGAGUAGUGAUUCUUUCUUGCCAUAAACCCCACCUGAUUAGCAUGUAUUGCUGACUUCAGUUUACUAGUGCUUUUAGAGGACUUUUGUGUCUGUGUUCAUGAGGGAUAUUGGUGGGUAGAUAGCGUGUUCUCCAGUUUUGCCUCCCUCUGGUUUUGGUAUCAGGGUAACAUUGGCCUCAUAAAACUGAGAACGAUUAGUGUCACUCCUGCUUAAAUGUCUGGUAGAACUGUGCAGCGAGGCCAGCGAGACCUGACGUGUCUGUGGGAAGGUGCUUGAGCAGCGAGGGAAUCGUAUGUAGUAGGCUCAGGGCUGUUCCAAGAUUCCCUUUCUUCUCGUGUCAGUUUUGCUCAUGUGUCUUUCCAGGAAUUAGUUCAUUUCAUCUAAGUCCUCACAUCCCUUGGCGGGACGUUCGUUUUCCAUCACGUCCCAUGUUUUCUCUGGAAGAUCUGUAGCAUCGACUCCUCUCCCGAGGCUCUUUGUCAGGGUUGCAUUGGGAUCCAGCAAGGGUGACGUGACGCCUUGGGGUUGGCAGAUGGGUCUGUGAAGAGAUCCCAGACCUCAAGCUUGCUAUGGAGAAUUACGUUUUAAUCGACUACGACACCAAAAGCUUCGAAAGCAUGCAGAGGCUCUGUGACAAAUACAACCGUGCCAUCGACAGCAUCCACCAGCUGUGGAAGGGGACCACUCAGCCCAUGAAACUGAACACUCGGCCGUCCAACGGGCUCCUGAGGCAUAUCCUGCAGCAGGUGUACAACCACUCGGUGACGGACCCCGAGAAGCUCAACAACUAUGAGCCCUUCUCCCCGGAGGUGUACGGGGAGACCUCCUUUGACUUGGUUGCACAGAUGAUCGACGAGAUCAAGAUGACCGAGGAUGACCUGUUUGUGGACCUGGGCAGUGGAGUGGGCCAGGUUGUGCUGCAGGUCGCCGCGGCCACCAACUGCAAACAUCACUAUGGCGUGGAGAAAGCUGACAUCCCAGCCAAGUACGCGGAGACCAUGGACCGAGAGUUCAGGAAGUGGAUGAAAUGGUAUGGAAAAAAGCAUGCAGAAUACACACUGGAAAGAGGCGACUUCCUCUCAGAAGAGUGGAGAGAGCGGAUUGCCAACACAAGUGUUAUAUUUGUGAAUAAUUUUGCCUUUGGUCCUGAGGUGGAUCACCAGCUGAAGGAGCGGUUUGCGAACAUGAAGGAAGGCGGCAGAAUUGUGUCCUCGAAGCCCUUCGCACCUCUCAACUUCCGGAUAAACAGCAGAAACUUGAGCGACAUCGGCACCAUCAUGCGCGUUGUGGAGCUCUCGCCCCUGAAAGGCUCGGUGUCCUGGACGGGGAAGCCGGUCUCCUACUACCUGCACACUAUCGACCGCACCAUACUUGAAAACUAUUUUUCUAGUCUGAAAAAUCCAAAACUCAGGGAGGAACAAGAGGCAGCUCGGCGCCGGCAGCAGCGAGAAAACAAGAGCAACACGACCACUCCCACCAAGGUGCCCGAGAACAAGGCUGCUGUGCCUGCCGACACCCCUAUGGAUUCUGGUGCCGAGGAAGAAAAGGCUGGGGCAACCACCAUCAAAAAGCCGUCUCCCUCCAAAGCCCGGAAGAAGAAGCUGAACAAGAAGGGGCGGAAGAUGGCCGGCCGGAAGCGUGGGCGUCCCAAGAAGAUGAGCACUGCGAACCCCGAGCGUAAGCCCAAGAAGAGCCAAACUGCACUGGACCUCCUGCAUGCCCAGGCCGCGUCUCAGACGGCAGCGCCCUCGCCGCAGGAUGCGUACAAGUCACCUCAUAGCCCGUUUUAUCAGCUACCUCCCAGUGUGCAGCGGCACCCCCCUGACCAGCUGCUGCUGGCACCCACCCCACCCGCACUGCAGAAGCUGCUAGAAUCCUUCAAGAUUCAGUACUUGCAGUUCUUGGCGUACACCAAGACCGCCCAGUACAAGGCCAGCCUGCAGCAGCUGCUGGACCAGGAGAAGGAGAAGAACGCCCGGUUGCUAGGUGCUGCGCAGCAGCUGUUUGGCCACUGCCAGGCCCAGAAAGAGGAGAUCAAGAGGCUCUUCCAGCAGAAACUGGAUGAGCUGGGAGUGAAGGCGCUGACCUACAACGACCUGAUUCAGGCACAGAAGGAGAUCUCGGCUCAUAAUCAGCAGCUGAGGGAACAGACGGAGCAGCUGCAGAAGGACAACAGGGAGCUGAGGAGCCAGAGCCUACAGCUGCUCAAGGCUCGGUGUGAGGAGCUAAAGCUGGACUGGUCCACGCUGUCCCUGGAGAACCUGCUGAAGGAGAAGCAGGCCCUGAGAAGCCAGAUCUCCGAGAAGCAGAGGCACUGCCUGGAGCUGCAGAUCAGCAUCGUGGAGCUGGAGAAGAGCCAGCGGCAGCAGGAGCUCCUGCAGCUCAAGUCCUGUGUGCCUCCAGACGAGGCCCUGUCAGCGCACCUGCGUGGGAAGAGUGCCCUGGGCCGGGAGCUGGAGGCUGACCCCAGCCGACUGCACCUCGACCUGGACUGCUCCAAGUUCUCUCUGCCCCACUUCAGCAGCGCAAGCCCAGAGCUCUCCAUGAACGGCCACGCAGCCAACUACGAGCUCUGCAGCGCGCUGAGCCGGCCCUCAUCCAAGCAGAACACGCCUCAGUACCUGGCCUCCCCGCUGGACCAGGAAGUCGUACCCUGCACCCCCAGCCACAGCAGCCGGUCGAGGCUCGAGAAGAUGUCUGGCCUGGCCUUGCCCGACUACACCCGGCUUUCCCCGGCCAAGCUGGUGCUGCGGCGUCACCUGAGCCAGGACCACGCGACCAGCGGCAAGCCAGCCGCCAGUGAGCUGCAUCCACGAGCCGAGCAUACCAAGGAGAACGGCCUUCCAUACCAGAGCCCUGGCAUCACAAAUGGCAUCAAGCUGAGCCCUCAGGACCCUCGACCCUCGUCCCCCGUGGCCUUACAGAUGACAGGGGAGAGGGGCAGCGAGAAGGGCUUGAAGGAGCGUGCCUAUGCCAGCAGCGGAGAGGCCAUCACCAGCCUGCCCGUUAGCAUCCCGCUCAGCACCGUGCAGCCCAGUAAGCUGCCCGUCAGCAUCCCUCUGGCCAGUGUGGUGCUGCCCAGCCGCGCCGAGAAAGUGAGAAGCACCCCCAGCCCUGUGCCGCAGACCCGAGAGUCCUCGUCCACACUUGAAAAGCAGAUGGGCACAAACACCCACAGCGCUGGAAGCAAAAGCCUUGCCUCAACUCCCGCAGGCUUCUACACGGGCUCGGUGGCCGUCAGUGGGGCCCUGGCAGGCAGCCCAGCGCCCCUGGCUCCUGGAGCAGAGCCCAGCGCCUUCGACGAGGUCUCUGGCUCAGGAAGCCUGUUCGCCAGCAUGGGGUCCUGCAGCUCCACCCCGCAGCACCCGCCCCUGCUGCCACAGUCCCGUGGCUCCGGCGGAGCCUCACCCGCCCAUCCGCUCUGUGCCAGUCCGCGGCUCAGCAGUGUCGCCCAGGGCCCGCUCCCCGAUGCCAACAAAGGGGACCUUCCGUCCGAGGCGGGCUUCUCAGACCCUGAGGGCGAAGCCAAGAGGAGGAUUGUCUUUACCAUCUCAGCUGGUGGCAGCAGUGCCAAACAGUCGCCUCCCAGCAAACCCAGCCCUCUGCCCACGGGUGCCCGCGGGGACAGCAGCCAGGGCCAUGGGUCGGACAGCCGCAAGCGGGGCAGGAGAAAGCGGGCCUCGGCGGGGACCCCGAGCCUGAGCUCAGGCGUAUCGCCUAAGCGUCGGGCCUUGCCAUCUGUUGCCGGCCUCUUCACGCAGUCUUCAGGGUCCCCGCUGAACCUCAACUCUAUGGUCAGCAACAUUAACCAGCCUUUGGAAAUCACGGCCAUCUCGUCCCCCGAGAGCCUGAAGAGCUCCCCUGUCCCUUACCAGGACAACGACCAGCCGCCCGUUCUCAAGAAGGAGAAGCCCCUGAGCCAGACCAAUGGGGCCCACUACUCCCCACUGACCUCAGAUGAGGAGCAGGGCUCUGAGGACGAGCCAGGCAGUGCCAGAAUCGAGAGAAAAAUUGCAACAAUUUCCUUAGAAAGCAAAUCCCCUCCAAAAACCUUGGAAAGCGGUGGUGGCCUGGCCGGGAGGAAGCCGACCCCUGCCAGCGAGCCCACCAACAGCAGCAAGUGGAAGUCCACCUUCUCACCCAUCUCCGACCUCGGCCUGGCCAAGUGCGCCGACAGCCCGCUGCAGGCCGGCUCCUCCCUGAGCCAGAACUCCCUGUUCACUUUCCGGCCUCCCCUCGAUGAUCCCGGCUCGGCCGACACCAAGCUGGCUGCCCACCCCAGGAAAAGCUUUCCCGGCGCUCUGUCGGGGGCCGGUGGGCUGAGCCCAAGCAGCAACCCUCCCAACGGCUUCGCCUUCGGUGGGGGCCUGGCCGCCGACCUCAGUUUACACAGCUUCAGCGAUGGUGCUUCUCUCUCCCACAAGGUCCCCGAGGCGGCCAGCCUGGGCGCACCCCUGAGCUUUCCUGCCCCGCGGGGCAAGGAGGGCGGUGCCACAGAGCCCGGCGCCUUUGUGAACAAGAGGCAGCUGGACGGACUGGGCGGCCCGAAGGGCAGGGAGGCGGGCGAGCUGGGCCUGCCAGUGUGCGGGCCCCCGGACAAGGCCUCGCUGACGCACAGCAAGCCCACCAAGGGCCGGGACCGCGAGCCCGACCUGAAGAAUGGCCACAACCUCUUCAUUUCUGCUGCCACCGUGCCUCCCGCGGGCCUCCUCAGCGGCCCCGGCCUCGCCACGGUGGCAUCCUCGGCAGUCAGCGCGGCCCCGUCUGCCCAGACUCACCGCCCCUUCCUGGGCACCUUUGCCCCCGGGCCGCAGUUCGCCCUGGGUCCCAUGUCCCUGCAGGCCAACCUGGGCUCGUCUGUGCUGCAGUCCUUGUUCAGCUCCGUGCCGGCUGCUGCUGGCCUGGUGCACGUCUCGUCCGCUGCAACCAGACUGACCAACUCGCACGCCAUGGGCAGCUUUUCCUCGGGGGUGGCAGGCGGCGCAGUUGGAGGUGUCUUUAACCACGCGGUGCCUUCCGCCUCCGCUCAUCCGUUUGGAGCCAGUUUCGGCAGCGGGGCUGCGUGUCGCAGCGCCACGCUGAGCUUAACCCCGCUGCAGGCGGUGGCCAGCGCCCCUGCGUCUUCCUUUCAGGCCCCACCCCCGCCCCCUCCGGGGCAGCCCGCCCUCCCCGCACCCCCUCCCCCUAACGCCGCCUUGCCUCCUGCCCCCGCGCUGCUCCCGGCUAACUCUGAGCCCGUGCUUCUGCAGAACCUUGCGUCCCUCCCAGCUAACCAGGCUUUCUUACCCGCCUCCUCUGCCGCCUCUCUGCAGCCUGCUAACGCCUCUCUGUCCAUCAAGCUCGCCUCCCUCCCGCACAAGGCCCCCCGCCCCUCCUUCACGGUGCACCACCAGCCCCUGCCCGGGCUGGCCCUGGCCCAGGCCGCGCCCGUGAUCCCGCAGGCCAGCUCCACGGGGCCGUCUGCCGUGUGGGUUUCCCUUGGCAUGCCGCCUCCGUAUGCCGCGCGCCUUGCGGGGGUUAAGCCGAGAUAAAGACCUUGCUUAGCUAGCAGUUCGUAUUCUGUAAGGUAAGGCUAGAGCCCAACCAGGGGGCCCGUACGAGACCCUGAACUAUCUGUCCUUCCUUCCGCAGACAGUGGACGGGCCCGCAGGGCUCUGAGGAGGGCCCCAGGGGACCCAGGCUGUUCUGCCUCGGGUGGAGACGGUUCUGAGAGGUGCAAGGGAAGACAGCACAGGGAGGCGAGGGAAACCGGGUGGCCAGGCAGGGCUGGCAGUGUGUUCCGGUCUCUGGGGCAGCAGAGCAGCCACCGUGGAGCUCCAGGGAGUGGCCAGCUCUCGCUACCCGGCCCAGCCCUUUAUGGGCCCCCUGUGGGCCCCUGCCCAGUGGAGGUGGCAGGACGACGGGGAGAGGGCUGGCAGCCUGGCCCAUCCCCUCUGGGCCGAGCCUCUCCCAUCAGCACCCUCGGGCUUCACGUGUGCAGCGGCCAAGGACGGGGGCCACCAGGGGAGCCCAGAGCUCGGCCUUGCCGCCUGCCUGCUCCUCGGCCUCCCGCGGCCCGUGUCUCUGAACGCUUCCUGGAGGGCUUUAAGAGAAGGCAAGGCGUAGAGGGCCGUCCAGACUCGGUGCUCGUGCCUCAGGCUCCUGAGCCAAAGGCCUGGACUGUGGGCAGUGCUUUGUCAUGGUGGCCACGGCACAGCUCCCGCUGCUCCAAGGAACGGGGCCCAUGCCUCGGGCGGUCACCGUGGAGUCGGUGCAAAGCAGUGUAGGAAGGGCCCGCCUUUGGAAGCGGGUGAGGAACGUUGCCGCGAGGCCUUCAGGAGGGGUUUCCGUCCGCUCCUCUGCUGGCGGCGUGUCCGCGUUAGGGGCUGGGCCCUGGGACAGCCAGCCGGCCUCUGCUGGUGCUGCUUGGUGGCCCGGGGGCGAGGGGCCCGCUGGGCCCGGGACUCGAGCAGGGAGGCCAGGUGCUAACGGCGCUGGGGCGGGCCGUCCGUGACCAUCUGCCGCGUGGUUAAGUGGAAACAGGUGUGGGGCCGCUGGGGUCCGAUGGCCUCUCAGUCAGGGUGCUGGGCAGCAGAUGGCCUUACCUGAGGUCCGGGGAUGGGCUGGGCCACAUCCUGUUGGAAAAGCCCAGGAGGUAGGGCAGCUUUCGUGUGCGGUGGCCUCACGCCAUCAGAGAAGGCGUUGUGCGGCCGGAGCCAGCUGAAGAGGUCAGAGGUGUGCGUGGGCAAGCACCUGGGCGGCAGGCUCCGGGUCCUGGCCCGCAGGGGACCACUGCCUUCUGUCCCCCGGCCCCGCGGCCGCCACGGGCGCUCUCCCUGGGCUGGACCACGAGCAAGGCCUGGCACGUGGGGGCCAGGGUAGGGCCUCGGUGCCAGGUCCUGGGGAGGACGGGAGGACGGGGACCUGCUGCCUCUCAGUGGACCAGGGCCGUGGCACCGGGGGCCCCUGGCAGGAAAGGUGCGGUCUGCAGCGACCAUGUUCUGUCUGUCCGCCGUCCAUCUGUCCGUAGGAGGCUUUGGUUCCCUGGCCUGGGGGAAUGUUUGGGCUUCCCCCGGAGAGCAAGACGCUAAUGCUCUGCUGCCUUUCCUCCCGCACUGGUCU